UGGGGAUGCUAGCCACUGACUCACAGAGCUUCUUGAGAAAACAAUGAAGAAAAAGUAAUGAAGUGAGAAGUUUUCACUUCUACUUCCCAUUGCUGUGAAGGUGAAAAGGAUACUGAUGUCUCAGCCAGAGUCCAGAGUUAUGUCAGACUGCCCCUGAAGAGCCAGCAAGAUGGAGUUAGAUGGAAUUUAUGAAAAUAUGACCCCAAGAAAUUCACUGCCUCAAGCUGCAAAAGGUCUAUCUCAGCAUGACUACAACCUAGGUCAGAACUCUGUUUUCACCCACAGAAAACCAAGGAUCAUCUACACUGCCCUGGCUCUCUUGGUUCUGGCCUUGACUGUUGCCCUCUCAGCUGUGACUUCUCUGUAUCUCCAAGUGAAAACUACUGACAUGAUUUCAGACGUACACCUGUGGAAAGCUCGUUUGGAGAAAGUCAAUGCCUCCAUCGCAGCCCUAAGGGGCCAAAAUGAAAUCCUAAGGCAGCGACUCUCAGAGAUUUACACUGUCUACAAGGGAAGUCUCUACUACUUUUCCUGUACUGAAAAGCCCUGGGUUGAUGCCGAGCUGAGCUGUAUAUCAAAAGGCUCUCACCUGACCUCAGUGACCUCAGAGGAUGAACAGAGAUUUCUGUACAAUAAAGCUAAUGGUUUCCAGUACUGGAAUGGCCUGAAUAGAAGAGAAGAUAAGAUGACAUUCCACUGGACUGAUGGGACCUUGUAUGAUGAGGCCAAGACCAAAGAGUUUUGGGUAACAGGGGAGCCAAACAAUGAUAAAAACAAUGAGCAUUGUGUCCAUUUCUCGAGGAAAGCGCUCAAAUCAUGGAAUGAUUUAAACUGUGAGUCUCCAUUAAAAUUCAUCUUUUUCCUGAAGGAGCCUGAAAUGAUCAGUAGGGGGAUUGAUCAGCUUGGCCAAGUGAUGCCUCCAUCUCAUCAAGCAGCCUUCUAAAGGACUGGACCUGUUCUAGAGUGAAGGACAACAACCAAGCCACCUGACAUGUACUUCCUCCCAACCCUCGCCACUAGCUGCUUUCAAAGCUCCCCUCCAAUGCCAUCUCCUACAGGAAGUCUGUCCUGGUUCCUUCCACCCACCCACCCACCUAGCUGCUACUGCUUCCAUAUCCUUUCAGAUUGCUUUGUAUUUACUUGGCUUUUAUUUUGUAGUUAUUUUUAUGCAUGCACGCUGUUUCUUCUGAGAAAUGCAAAGUCUCUGAAGACAGGGACUGUGAUUAGAUACCUGACAUCAGCAAGGGCCCAGUGUGGAUGUUAUCUGCAAAAGUCACUCUUUUAGCCAGUAACAAGAAUUGCAGGAAGUAGUUUCGGGGCUCCCCUAUCUAGAGAUUAGGGAUGUAUGUUAAACUAUACUAAGUAGAAACCCUCUACUCACUGAGCAGGACACAACUUCACACCAGAGGAGGAUAUCAUGUACAAAAAGCCCCGGGAAGAUGGAGUUUUCUCAAGGAGAAGAUUUCACAGGGCUGAUGGAGAAUCUUCAAAUCUCAAUCUCCUUGCAGUCUUCUAUGGCUUAGUGGCAAGCAACUACAUGGUGCAAUCGAUAGAGCACUCCUCCUGGAGGCAGGAAGACCUGAGCUCAAAUCUAGCCUCAGGCCCUUAUUAGUUCUGUAACCCUGGAUAAGUUGCUUAAUUUCUGUCUGCCUCGGUUUCCCCAUCUGUAAAAUGAGGGUGAUAAUAAUAUCUACCUCACAGGGUUAU